UAGGGCCGUCUGCGAAUCAGUUCCAGAGUGAUUGAUGAUGGUGGUCGUGGUGAUGGUCGCCAGCUGGCGCCGCGCUCUCUGGCUGCUCAUCACCUGUCUCCUGGUAUCACGUGCGUUAGCAACAGAUGGUCAAGUUCAGCUUGUGGAUGGUGGCGCGUGCUAUGGCCGGGUGGAGGUGCUCUACAACGGCACGUGGGGCACAGUGUGCGAUGACUUUUGGGAUCUCCAGGAGGCCGCGGUCGUGUGCCGCCAGCUGCGUUGCGGCUCCGCUUCCUCGGCCCCGGGCGUAGCGCGCUACGGACAGGGCAGUGGCCCGAUAUGGAUGGACAACGUUCGGUGUCUCGGCACCGAAUCUCAACUCUCCGCGUGUGGGCAAAACGGCUGGGGGAUUCAUGACUGUAGCCACGGAGAGGACGCGUCCGUCGUCUGCUCUCAAGCUACUGUGACGUCACCACCAGAUGUCCAGGUGCGCCUGGUAGGUGGCGGCACGUGCCACGGCCGCGUGGAGGUGCAAUACCGCGGCGCGUGGGGCACGGUGUGCGACGACUUUUGGGAGCUGCAGGAUGCCGAGGUGGUCUGCCAUCAGCUGAGCUGUGGCUCCGCCGUGUCCGCACCGGGAAAUGCUCGGUACGGAGCGGGCAGCGGCCAGAUCUGGAUGGACAACGUGCAGUGCAACGGUUCCGAAUCUCAACUCUCGCAGUGCAGACAAAACGGCUGGGGCACGCACGACUGCAGCCACGUGGAAGAUGCUUCCGUCGUUUGCUCACAAGGUUGCCUGUGCGCGCUUGCAUCCAAGGUGUGA